AUGAAGGAAGAGAAGGAUUAUAGGCCUAAGGAGAAGCGAGUAACCCUCUUGACUCCCCCGGGGGCCACAGGCAGUAGUAGUGGGGCUUCCGGGGACAGCACCAAAGGGGAAGAUAAGCAGGAUCGGAACAAGGAGAAGAAAGAGGCGCUGAGCAAGGUGGUAAUUCGGAGAUUACCUCCCACUUUGACCAAGGAGCAGCUUCAGGAACAUCUGCAGCCUAUGCCCGAGCAUGAUUAUUUUGAAUUUUUUUCUAAUGAUACUAGUCUGUAUCCUCAUAUGUAUGCCAGAGCAUACAUCAACUUUAAGAACCAAGAGGACAUUAUUUUGUUCAGGGAUCGCUUUGAUGGUUAUGUAUUCCUUGAUAAUAAAGGUCAGGAAUAUCCUGCAAUAGUAGAAUUUGCUCCUUUUCAAAAAGCUGCAAAAAAGAAGACUAAGAAAAGAGAUACUAAAGUUGGGACUAUCGAUGAUGAUCCAGAAUACAGAAAAUUUUUGGAAAGUUAUGCUGCUGAUAAUGAGAAAAUGACAUCUACUCCAGAGACUCUGUUGGAAGAAAUAGAAGCUAAAAAUAGAGAACUAAUAGCUAAAAAGACAACCCCACUAUUGAGCUUCCUGAAAAACAAGCAGAGAAUGAGAGAAGAGAAAAGAGAAGAAAGAAGGCGGCGAGAAAUAGAAAGAAAAAGACAAAGAGAAGAAGAGAGGAGAAAGUGGAAAGAAGAGGAGAAACGAAAAAGGAAAGAUAUAGAAAAACUAAAGAAAAUAGAAAGAGUUCCAGAAAGGGACAAAUUAAAGGAAGAACCAAAGAUUAAGGUACACAGGUUUCUGUUACAAGCUGUGAAUCAGAAAAAUCUGCUCAAGAAGCCAGAAAAGGGAGAUGAAAAAGAAUUGGACAAAAGAGAGAAAGCCAAGAAAUUGGACAAAGAGAAUCUGAGUGAUGAAAGAGCCAGUGGGCAAAGUUGUACAUUGCCCAAACGUUGUGAUGCCGAAUUUAAAGAUGAAAAGCCUAAGAGACCUGAAGAUGAGAGUGGCAGAGACUAUCGGGAGAGGGAACGGGAUUAUGAACGCGAUCAAGAGCGCAUCCUUCGGGAAAGAGAGAGGCUAAAGCGUCAAGAAGAAGAGCGCCGGAAGCAGAGGGAGCGCUAUGAGAAAGAGAAGGCUUUUAAAAGAAAGGAAGAAGAAAUUAAAAAAGAGAAAGAAGCACUUCGGGAUAAAGGAAAGAAGACUGAAAGUACAGAAUCACUAGCCAGCUUAGAAAAAACAGAAAAGAAAGAGGAAGUGGUUAAGAGAGAUCGCAUUAGAAACAAGGAUCGUCCAGCAAUGCAGCUUUACCAACCAGGUGCUCGAAGCCGAAAUCGACUCUGUCCCCCUGAUGACAGCACCAAGUCUGGAGAUUCAGCAGUAGAAAAAAAACAGGAAAGUGGUAUUAGCCAUAGAAAAGAAGGAGGAGAGGAGUGA